AUGUCGCCAGCUCUAUCUCAGCAGCGGGCCGCGCCUGCUGUGGCUUGUGCAGCCCGGCUGGGCGGCAGGGCCGGCAGCAGCAGCAGCAUCGCCAGCAGCAGGCGGCCAGGCAGCAGAGCGGCACCCCGCCGGCAGACGCUGCAAGGCCGGCAAGCGGCGCUGGAGGUGGCGUGCAGCUUGAACAACAGUGCAGGCACCGCAGUGCCCAAGCCGCUGAAGCUUGAUGAGCGGGACACGCUGCGCCUGGCUCUGCCCAGCAAGGGGCGCAUGGCUGAGGAUACGCUGCAGCUGCUCAAGGACUGCCAGCUCAGCGUGGUCAAGCCCAACCCGCGGCAGUAUGUGGCCCGGAUAUCGCAGCUGCCCGAUCUGGAGGUCUGGUUCCAGCGAGCCACAGAUGUGGUGCGCAAGCUGAUCACGGGAGAUGUGGACCUGGGCAUUGUGGGGCUCGACAUGCUGGCCGAGAUUGGCAACGACGACCCGGACGUCGUGGUGCUGCACGAUGCUCUCGACUUUGGGCAGUGCCACCUGGCGCUGGGCGUGCCCACCGGCGGCCGCUUUGCCGCCAUCAACUCGCUGGAGGAGCUGCGCUCCAUGCCCUGGAGCGAGCAGGCGCCGCUCAGGGUGGUCACCGGCUACCAGAACAUCGCCCGCAAGUACUUUGCCGAGAAGGGCUUUGAGAACGUGGUGCUGCUCAGCGCCGACGGUGCGCUGGAGGCGGCCCCUGCCAUGGGCUCAGCAGACAUCAUCCUGGACCUGGUCAGCACGGGGGUGACCCUGCGGGAGAACAACCUGAAGCAGAUUGCCGGUGGCACCAUCAUGCACAGCCAGGGCGCGCUGGUGGCCAACCGCCGCGCGCUGCUGGAGCGGCCGGGCCUGCUGGAGAUCUGCCACGAGCUGCUUGAGCGGCUGGAGGCGCACCUCACCGCCAACGCCUACUACUCUGUCAUCGCCAACAUGCGGGGCGGCUCCGCGGCCGAGGUCUCCCUGCGCCUGCUGCAGAACGCGGAGCUGGCGGGGCUGUCGGGCCCCACCGUCAGCCGUGUGUACACGCUGGGCGCCGACGGCAAGGCGGAGCCGCACCUGUAUGCCGCAACCAUCUGCGUGCCCAAGAAGCGGCUCUACCCGGCGAUUGGCGGCAGCGGCGUGCUGGUGCAGCCCAUGACCUACAUCUUUGAUGAGGAGCCGCCCCGCUGGCGCCACCUCCUCGACACCCUGGGCGUCUCCGCCGACAGCUUGGACCUGUCCUGA